UCUGCUACUACAACAACAACAACGACCAGACAGCCAAUUGUGUAGUACUUCUGUGAAUACAGACAAAAUGGAAAAGUCUUGGCCGAAAGUGGUACUGUUUGGUGAUUCUUUAACACAGUAUGGAUACAGUAAAGAUGGAUGCUGGACAGCUCUGGUUGCAGACUUCUUACAACGAAAAUGUGAUGUGAUUAACAGAGGUUUCUCAGGCUACAAUACAAGAUGGUGUAAAAUCAUUCUACCAAAGCUGCUCACUAAACAGGAUGCUGAGGAUAUCAAACUGGUUACAAUAUUCCUCGGAGCCAAUGACUCUGUAGAUAGUACAAUCUGCUCAAAGCAACAUGUGCCUUUAGAGGAGUUUAAACAGAAUAUGAAAGAUAUGGUACAAUAUUUGCAGGAUAUUGGUAUAGCGAGACAAAAAAUCAUCGUCAUAUCUCCACCGCCUUGUGAUGAACAGAAAUGGGAGGAAGACUGCAAACAAAAAGGUACAGAAUUUUGUUUCUAUAUUUUUAUCUCACUGCUCACUGAACAUUGA